CGUUAGCAUGCAACUGUUCUCUUUGAAUUUUUUUAUAUACAGCCUCAGCGGCAUAUGGCGACCUGUCGGCUGGUCGUCCAGCUGCGCUAAACUGUUGUACAGCGCGUUCACCGUCUUCACGGUAGUCCCGUUGUAUUUCAUGAUGCUGACUCAACUCAUGGAUGUCGUCCUCGUGGUCGAUAACAUGGACGAUUUCACGAAUAAUUCCCUGCUGCUAGUGAGCGUGAUUUCCGUCUGUUGCAAGGCCACGGUCGCCAUAUUGCGUCGGAAAGCGAUCAUCGGGUCGGUGGAGAUGUUGCUGACGGAGCCGUGUAAGCCUCGCGACGAGGACGAACUGGCCAUACAGGCGAGAUUCGACGCGUUCAUCCGGUCAUGCUCAAUAAAAUACUUACUUCUGGCAGUGACUUCCCUAACGAGCAUCAUAUUGAGAUCGUUGUUGAACAUCAUACAAGGACAAUUACCUUACAGAGUAUGGCUGCCUUACGACUCGCGUAAACCGUCCUUGUUUCUCAUCACGUCGAUCCAUCAGAUCGUCACUUCGAUCUUCGCCACUUUCAUCAAUGUCGGCACGGAAACCUUAGUGUUCGGUUUCUUCUUGCAAACGUGCGCGCAGCUGGACAUUCUCAAGUGCCGUCUCAACAAAGUCGUCAAUAACGAAGCGGCCGAUUACCGAGCGAAUCGGCCACUUUCCUUGCCAAAGAUGAAGCAAACGGUGAUCUCGCAACACAUACGCCACCACCUCAGAAUUUACAAAUACGCCAAGAUGAUGAACCGCGUGUUCAACCAGGUGCUGUUCAUGCAAUUUUCCGGCAGUAUACUGGUGCUAUGCACGAGCGUGUAUUACAUAUCGACGCAUCUCAUGGAGCCCGACGCCAUGGGUUACAUUGUGUACACAAUCUGCAUGUUCACGCAAAUCUUUGUUUAUUGCUGGUCUGGAAACGAAGUUAUCCUCAAAAGCGCGAGCUUAGCGGACGCAGUCUACCACGCGGACUGGUCCUCAUUGCCGGUCAGCGAGCGCAAGGAUUUGCUGAUGAUCAUGAUGCGUAGCACGAUACCCAUCAAGUUUACCAGCAGCUUCUUGAUAACCUUGUCUCUCCGGUCUUACAGCAACGUUAGUACUAACUCACUCAAUAGUCGAUACUCGAGCGCUGCUCGGCGCCAUUUUCUCUCAAGACACGAUUGUUCACGUCCUAAUUUCUCUCAGCGGUCUCGCGCGAUCGUGAGCAUGCAACUGCUUUCGUUGAAUUUUCUUAUAUACAGCCUCAGCGGUGUAUGGCGGCCCAUCAGUUGGUCGUCCAGCUGCGCUAAACUGCUCUACAGCGCGUUCACCGUCUUCACGGUAGUCCCGUUGUACUUCUUGGUGCUGACUCAACUCAUGGAUAUUGUUCUCAUCGUCGAUAACAUAGACGAUUUCACGAAUAACUCCCUGAUGCUGGUGAGCAUCAUUUCCGUCUGUUGCAAAGCCACGGUCGUCGUGUUACGUCGGGGCGCGAUCACCGGUCUGGUGGAGAUGCUGCUGACGGAGCCGUGCAGGCCUCGCGACGAGGACGAACUGGCCAUCCAGGCGAGAUUCGACGAGUUCAUCCGGUCAUGCUCAAUAAAAUACUUGCUUCUAGCAAUGAGUUCCGUGACGAGCGUCACAUUGAGGUCGGUAAUAAGCAUCAUAGAGGGUCAUUUACCUUACAGAGUAUGGCUGCCUUACGACUCGCGUAAAUCGUCGUUGUUUCUCAUCACAUCGAUCCAUCAGAUCGUCUCUCUGAUCUUCGCCACUUUCAUCAACGUCGGCACGGAGACCUUGGUGUUCGGCUUCAUCCUGCAAACGUGCGCCCAGCUGGACAUUCUCAAGUGCCGCCUCAACAAGAUCGUCAAUAACGAAACGGCCGGCUACCGAGCGAAUCAGCCACUUUCCUUGCCGAACAAGAAGCAAAUGGUCAUCUCGGAACACAUACGCCACCAUCUGAGAAUUUACACGUACGCCAAAAUGGUGAACCGCGUGUUCAACCAGGUGCUGUUCGUCCAGUUUUUCGGCAGUAUACUGGUGUUGUGCACGAGCGUGUAUUACAUGUCGGCGCACAUCACGGAGCUUGGGGCUCUGGGUAUCGUGGUGUACACAAUCUGCAUGUUCGCGCAAAUCUUGGUUUAUUGCUGGUCCGGAAACGAAGUUAUUCUCAAGAGUGCGAGCUUAGCGGACGCAGUCUACCACGUGAACUGGUUCUCAUUGCCGGUCAGCAAGCGCAAGGACUUGUUGAUGAUCAUGAUGCGUAGCACAAUCCCCAUCAAGUUUACCAGCAGCUUCUUGAUAACCUUGUCUCUCCAGUCUUACAGCAACGUUAGUACCGAUUCUCUCGAUACUCGAGCGGUGCCCCGCGCCAUUUUCUCUCAAGAUACAAUUGUUCACGUUCUAAUUUCGCUUUCAGAUCCUGAGAACGUCGUACUCGGCAUUUAACGUGCUACAACAAUCCUGAAAUGUUCGGCGAACUGUCUCACUCGCCUGUCGUAUCUUGGCGACGAUGACGAACUGAUAGACCUAGCUUGCAAAAGUUCGUUGGAUCGUUGUCGAUGAUUUCAUCGGUUCGGAAACGACCGCCUGAAAUGCGGCGGUAGAAUUAUGCUGGAUGGCAUAAUGGACGGAUAAUUUCAAAUUAUAACGACAUAUGAUAAUUCGGACGCUUCACUGUGCCUGAAAAGUUCGCGAUUACGCUUAAUACAAUAUAAUGAAUGAAAAAUCAAUGAGAGCUGGCGCUGGUUGUUCUCUGCGAAAUUAAAAGACGAAUUUCGAUUCUCAACAUCAAAUUCAAAUUCAAACUUGGACCAUAAUUUAAAAGAGUGUCGCUAAAAAUCCGAUAAACUUUUGCAUGUCCUUGACACAUUUAGAAUGUGACCAUACUACUUUCAUAUACAAUAGUAAAUAAUCGUGUAAGAGAUCGUACAAGAUCCCGUUUCAAGUUUUGAAUAUUCGGCGUUCGACGUCUUGCAACGGCCUUGAGAUGAGAUGUAUGUCGGAUAUCUGAUCGGAAGUAUAUCCGGAAGUAUAUCCAUCGUAAUGAUGCUUCACAGUUUCUAAUAAAUUACAAAGGUCGUACAUGA